CCAUCACUGAUCCCUGCAAGACAGACGAGAUGCUGCCUCCCAUGGCCCUCCCCAGCAUGUCCUGGAUGCUGCUCUCCUGCCUGAUGCUCCUAUCUCAGGUCCAAGGUGAAGAAUCCCAGAAGAAACUGCCUUCUCCACGACUCAGCUGUCCCAAAGGCUCCAACGCCUAUGGCUUCUACUGCUAUGCCUUGUUUAUGACACCAAAAUCCUGGAUGGAUGCAGAUAUGGCCUGCCAGAAGAGGCCCUCGGGACACCUCGUGUCUGUGCUGAGUGGGGCUGAGGCAUCCUUCGUGGCCUCCCUGGUUAAGAACACUGCGAACACCUACUCAUAUGUCUGGAUUGGGCUCCACGACCCCACGCAGGGCUAUGAACCCAAUGCAGGUGGAUGGGAGUGGAGUAGCACUGAUGUGCUGCAUUACUCUGCCUGGGAGAAAGAUCCUGCCAUCAUCUCAAACCCUGGCUACUGUGCGAGUCUGUCACAAAGCACAGGAUAUCUGAAAUGGAAAGACUAUAACUGUGAUGUGAAGUUACCCUAUGUCUGCAAGUUUGAGGACUAGGUCAGGUGGCAGUCAGCAGCCUGCGUUUGGUAUGCAGCUCAUCAUGGACAUGGACCAAGUGUGAAGAUUCUCCCAGAAGAGGAAUAUUCUCCCCACACCCCCAAACCUGACCACCUCAUUCUGACCUACCCUCCUCCCCACCUUCAUUUCAGGUUCUUCUGUUCCAUAACCUGAGUGUACAAAGAGCCAUAAUAAAAAUUUUAGUCUGCAA